AUGGUAGAAGGUUCAGAGGUGGGAGGGUCAAGUACCCAUGCUGCUGAAGCUGAAGUUACUAAAACCAAGAGGAAUGGGGAGAACCUUAAGAAUAAGGGGAAGGCAGUUCAGCUUUCUGAUACAGGGAGAAGGAAAAGAAAGGUUGUUGCUGGAGAGAAGCAGAAGGCAGCAGUUCGUGCAAAAAGGCAGAAGCGAGCUCCGGGGGGGGAGGGAAUGAAGCUGCUUUGA